GAUGGGAAGCGCGGCGAGAGGGGGAGGGGCCUCGGCAAGCCCAGAAAAACGACAACGCGAGAAAAAUUAGUAUUUUUGCACUUCACAAAUUAAUGACCAUGAGCUCGUUUUUGAUAAACUCCAACUACAUCGAGCCCAAGUUCCCUCCCUUCGAGGAAUACGCGCAGCACAGCGGCCCGGGCGGUGGAGACGGCGGCCCGGGCGGGGACCCGGGCUACCAGCAGCCCCCGGCGCCCGCGACCCAGCACCUGCCGCCGCAGCCCCAGCUCCCUCCCACGGGCGGUAGCCGCGAGCCCCUCGCCUCCUACUACACGCCGCGGGCCGCCCGCGAGCCCGCCUACCCCGCGGCCGCGCUCUACCCCGCCGCGCACGGGGCCGCCGGGGCCGCCUACCCCUAUGGCUACCGCGGCGGCGCCAGCCCGGGGCGGCCUCCGCCGCCGCAGCCCGAGCAGCCCCCGAUGCACGCCAAGGGCCCCGGGGCGCACGGCCUGCGCGCCAGCCACGUCCUGCAGCCGGGGCAGCAGCCCCCGCAACCGCCGCCGCCUCCUCCCCAGCAGCACCGCGCGGCGCCCCCAGCACCCCCGCGGCACUGCGAGGCGGCCCCUGCCACCCCAGGCGUCCCGGCAGGGGGCAGCGCCCCUGCGUGCCCGCUGCUCUUGGCCGACAAGAGCCCGCCGGGCCUGAAGGGCAAGGAGCCCGUGGUGUACCCCUGGAUGAAGAAGAUCCAUGUCAGCGCGGUCAACCCCAGUUAUAGCGGAGGGGAACCCAAACGCUCUCGAACCGCCUACACCCGACAGCAGGUCCUGGAGCUAGAGAAGGAGUUUCACUUCAACCGCUACCUGACCCGCCGCCGCCGCAUCGAGAUCGCCCACGCGCUCUGCUUGUCUGAGCGCCAGGUCAAGAUCUGGUUCCAGAACCGGAGAAUGAAGUGGAAGAAAGAUCACAAGCUGCCCAACACCAAGAUGCGGUCCUCAAACUGCUCAGCAUCCUCGGCCUCCACAGGCCAGCCUGGAAAAGCACAAACUCAGAGUCCACACCCCCAUCCCCACCCAGUGGCAGGUGCCUCCACCCCUAUUCCCUCCUCUAUAUAAUCUCUUGGGGACCUAGGUCAGUUCCCAUCCCUUCCAGUCCUGCCCAGUUCCCCAUUUGCCCCUCCCCACUUGGCCCCUAAGAACGUCAAAACAAAGCCCGGCCUGGGCUAACCAAAAAGAAGUGUUGUGAGGGUGGCCACCCCAGAAGGGAUACUUGUGGUGGAGGCGCUGGAAGGUGGAGCAAUCUGCCCGCUGCUCUCAGCAGGGCUACCAGCUCUGCACCCCUGAGAAGAAGCGCUUGGCACCAGCUACGUCGUGAGAUGCCAAACCUCACCAAGGGACUGUCCUUGCAAGCGGAAGACAUAAAACCUCUCUCCUCACCUUCCUCACCUCUGCCGGGAAGGCAGCUCCUGCAAGCUUGUUUUGAACUGAAAUAAAUGAGUAGACAUUGUGGACCUCACGAGAUUAUUUAAUUCUCCAAAUGUGUAUACCCUGGUGGUAGGCAUGACCUGUUAGUCUCCUGUCCUUGCAUUUAUUUAAGAUGUUGUUCUAGAGCUCUGUCCGAUCCUGGCUGCAGAGGGAAGUCCAUUUAGACCAUGUGCAACUGUGUAGCUUCUGAUGCGGCAGUAUGGGAAGCCAUGUGCUCAGAAUAAACUACAGUUAAAGAUUAAAAGCCUAAGAGACAGAUUGGUGUGUUUCUUAAAAGUUGUC